CUCUAUGUGGCACUUGACUAAGUAUACUAAGUAUACUAAGUAUACAAAAAGUAUUUAUUCGAUAGUAUGUUGUUAUCUAGUUGAUUAACUACUAAUUAGUGUAAAUUGCAAAAUGACCCUCCAACUCGUAUGCCUCUUCCCUUUCGGGAAUAGAGCCUAGAUAUACGAAGACGCGUGCACUAAUAUAUUUUCACUAGUCCGAUAGUGAACAUUCAACAUCUUAAUCGGACUCCAACCAUGUCACCUCGUGGCCAAUUGAUCCUUAUUGAAGGCUUAGAUAGAUCAGGAAAAUCUACUCAAUCAUCCAUAUUGACAGCUAAAUUUUCUAAAAGCAAAUUACUCAAAUUCCCGGAUAGAACUACUAAGAUUGGAUCCAUCAUAAAUGAAUACCUUACUGAUAAACUGGUUCAAUUAAGUGAUCAGUCUGCACAUUUACUAUUUCUGGCCAAUAGAUGGGAAUUGAAUAAUGAGAUUAUACAAUUAUUAAAUGAAGGAUAUUUCAUAAUCUUAGAUCGAUAUAUAUAUAGUGGGAUUGCAUAUUCAUUAGCUAAAUAUGAAUUCUCCAAACGGAAUGCAAAUGAUUCAACAGUUACUUCAACAGUGGAUGAACAAAUUGGUGAUGUUAAUUGGUUAAUAGGACCCGAUUUAGGAUUACCAAAACCAGAUUUGACCUUAUUCUUAACUUUGGAUUUAGCUGAAUUAAGUAAUAGAAAAGGAUGGGGAGAAGAAAGGUAUGAAUUACAAGAAUUUCAAACCAUUGUAAAGAAGAGUUUCUUAAGAAUUCUUCCUACUGAUACGGAUGAUUCUAUUGAAAUAGUUGAUGUCAAUAAUAAGAACAUAGAACAAGUUACUAAAUUAAUAUGGGAUAUAGUUGAAAAGAAAGGUGUUAAUGCAUUGACUGAAAAUCCUAUAAAGAAAGUAUCUAUAAAUUAAUUAAGCUAACUAUGCUAACUUAUCUAAAUAAGCCAAACGUUCAAGUAUUCUUGAUUUCAGUAUUUCCUGGAUCUGUCCUCCCAAAUAAAUUUCAUCUAAUAUAUUAUAAAGUUUAUAGAAAUUGAAUACGAGAUCUAAUUCACAAACAUUAUUAAAGUAUUCAUCCAAGAUUUCCACAAAGAAAUGUAGACUCUCUAAAUAAUUUAAUUCAUUAUCAUUUAAAUCAAUUCCAAAUACAAAAUAUAGUCCAGCAUAUCGCCUAUAUACUAAUUUAUGUUGUUGUUCAUAUUCAACAAAAUUGGAUUGAUAUUUGGAAUCAUCUCGAGAACUUAUCAA